UCGUGUUUUUCCCCUCGCCGAGCUUACUCUCUCUCAUCCUCUGACUCUCCGCGCGCUCUCUGGCUCAAGUGGACAGUCCAGACCUCUCCUGUCCUCUUCUUCAUUCCUUUGUCUGUUGUUUCUUUGCAUCUUUUCCCUUCAUCUGUUUUAUUGUUUUAACAUUUCUUCCUCUUUCAAGCCCCCAUGUGCCAGGGGCAUUAGUGGGGGUCCCAGAGAGAGUGUGAGAGUGUGUAUGUGUGUGAGUGUGAGGUUUCGGCAUGGAAGCGGUGGCACUUUACACGUUUCGUGCCACAGAGGGUGAUGAACUCAGUUUUAACAAGGGAGACUUGCUAAAGAUCACCAACAUGGAGGAUGAUCCUAACUGGUACACAGCUGAGCUCCAAAAUAGGAAAGGCUUUGUGCCAAAAAACUACAUCAACCUGCGGCCACACGCCUGGUUUGCCGGUCGUAUAUCUCGCGGUGUGGCAGAAAGUCGACUGAAACACAGGGAGUGCGGGGCUUUUCUGGUCCGAGAGAGUGAGAGCGCCCCUGGAGAGUUCUCCAUGUCCGUAAG